UUACGCGCGCGUGUCGUGCUUGUAAACAAAAAGGCGUUAUUUUGCGUCAUAGCGCGGUCAAUGACGAUUGCUUUUUAGUUAUGCAGGACGCGACGACGACACGUAGUACGCUGGGCUGUGCGCACGCGGGGUCCGGGCGACAAAAUCGUAACCUGUGCAAUAUAUUUUAGCACCAAUAGUGGAAUUUUGCUGCAGAUGCUGAAAAUCUCCCGCAAGCCUUGCUGCAACCGGGACUCGACGCGUUUGGCCUCGGCGGCCGACUCCUCCGCGUUAGCAGACUCUUGAAAGGUGCACUGUCCAGCUGCUUUUUGGGAGUGUGUUUGAAGGUAUUACUAUGUCGGAGUCCAUUUCAGCGGAUGAGCUGCAAGGAGAGGAGAGCGGCCAAGACUCGGAGAGCCCGAGCUCGCCCAGGGACCUCGAGUCUGAUUCUCCUCACAAGGCGGAGGGGAUUGGGGAGAGGGUGAACAGCAUCAACUGCCCGGACAGCCCUGCCUCUGCAGUGCUGAGCAGCCGGGAGCUGUGGCAACUGUUUGAUGCUAUUGGGACUGAGAUGAUAGUCACUCGCAGGGGAAGGAGGAUGUUCCCUGCCAUUAAGGUGGAGCUCUAUGACCUCAAGCCCGAUGUCUCCUACAUCUUGUUGAUGGACAUGGCACCAGUCGACAAGUACCGCUACAAGUACAAUGCUGGCUGGGUCCGCUGUUUCGAGGAAGAGUGUGCGCCUACUCGUCUGUACAUACACCCCGACUCCCCAGCCCUGGGCUCCCACUGGACCUCCGUUGUCAUCAAUUUCUACAAACUGAAACUCACUAACAACCAACUGGACAAGCAAGGCCAUGUAAGUAUCAUUGUCAACAGCAUGCACCGCUACCAGCCUCGUCUCCACAUUGUCGAGUCAGACGAUAUCAACAGUUUCAACUGGGAGACCCGCCAGACGUUUAUCUUCCCUGAAACCCAGUUCACCACUGUCACCGCCUACCAGAACGACAAGAUCACUCAGCUGAAGAUUCAGACAAACCCAUUCGCAAAGGGCUUCAGGACUCCGUUCUCACGAUGUCGCUCCAGAAAUCCUCCCGGAGUUUGCACUAGGUUCCCUCUGCGUUCCAACAGCUGCAGCGACUCGGGCGUAGAAGACCCUCCACACCCAUCCCCCACUUCCCUCCCUCACUCCUCCCCCACUUCCCUGUUCUCCCCCAAAUUCCUUCUCCCCACACAUGAUUCAUCGCAUGUCUUGCUUCACGACUCAGCCCGUGUUCUAGUCCAGGGGCAAGAAAUGGCAGCCCCUCGUGUGCUGCUUCCAGGAUGGGACCUGCAGCAACUUGUCAUACCUGAACAGGAAGGACAGCAGAAGGUGCUGCUCACUGACACUGAAGGCAACCCCAUUCUUGUCCAGAAUGGGAAGACCCACCUUCUCGCAGGGCACCAGGACAGCCACAAGCUCCUCGUGGCCGGGCACAAUUAUCAGAAGCUGGUUUUGCCGACAGCGAACAAGUUUUAUUCGCCUCAACAGGAGGCACAAGUCAUGAGGCUAGUAGUUGCACCAGACGGCCAAAAGCUGCUGCUGCCACCUCAGGCUCCCAGGCAGGAGAUUCAAGCGGGAAAGAACUUUGUUCUCCAGACACAGGAUGCACAGAAGGUGAUGAACGGACAGACGUUACUGUUCGCAGGGGCGCAGGACACACAGCAGGUGAUAAUGGUGGGUCCCAGUGACAAGUCUGGAGCUACAGCUGGCAAGCGGCGCCGACCAGCAGAGGAUAUUCGAGCUGCUAGGAAACUGCCCUGUCUGUCGGUGUCGACAACUCAGAAUGCACAAGAAUCUCCAGUUGUUCUGAUGUACCGACCAGUUGUGGCCAGUCAGGGAACCCCUCAGCUACUGCCCACUGCUUUACUUCAGCCAAACAGCAGUCGAGCCUCCGCCAGCACCAUGUACACCGUAAUGACCAGCCCACAAGAGCUGGGAACUCAGUCCACCCCACUGCCACAGGUGUCUACGACUCACCCCCUCACAACUACAUCCCUCGUCAGCACAUCCUCUCCUCACAUCCUCACCUCAGUCACAACAUCACACUCCUCCCCCUCCCCUUCCCCCUCCACUCCCACCGUAGUGAACGGACUGGUGCACUUGAGGCCUGCCGAGAUGAAAAAGAUUGUGUCUCCCUCGCCUGACAUGAAUAAGCCGCCAGUGGACAUCAGCUGCCUCACAAGAGAGGGUGUGGUUAGGAGCAAGACUCCGCCUGCUCUCCUUCAGGUCCAGAGCAGCAAGCAGUCAGACACGCACACGCAGCAGUCCACACAUAAACAGCAAGAACCCACGGAGCCGGAAUCAGGGGAACAGCAGCAGCAAGCUGCGAGACAGGACGUCGUACUCGUUCAGGCAGCUCCUUCGACUGGGAUGCAGCGCGUCAUGGUGAUCGGGGAGAAAGGAGAGGUCGCUCAGCAACCACAGAUGGUUCUUCCGGUGGCCUACGACCAGCAGUUGGUUAGCAUGCCGAUCUACCGCAUCGGCAGCUCUCUUGGAGGCCUGCAGCCCCUUCAGGUGCUUGCCUCCCUGCCUUCCGGAGGGACAGCUACCUAGCAGCUCCCUGACCUCUCAUUAGCUGAAAACAUUCAUUUCCCAACUUUUUCCUUUUUUGUACAGAAUAUCAUGAAUAUAAUUAUCUUUUUUGGCUUGACAUAAUAUUCUAUAAUGCAAUGAUGGAAUAAAAAUUGAUGACUGAUGAUCUAUAGUGACGGUGAGUGUGGAUGAGGCCAAAAAUCAGGUGGCAGAAGGUGAGUGGUGGUGGUUUGAUGAUGAAGGCUCAUUGUCUCUGGCUACUGAUGAACUGUCUGGAACUCGUGCCACUGAUGGUACACUGGGUUCAUGUGUAGCUGAGCAGUGUAGGUCCUGGUUAACCCGAAUACUGACAUCACUUGUACUCUGACAAUUGUUAUGAAAGUUUCCAUUGACGCUAAUGGAAGGAGGCGGAGGAGGAUCACUGGCAGAAUGCUCCGCUGAUGAAUUCUCACUGAAGGGCCACGGCAGGUCCGUCACGUCUUCCUCAGUUGACUCACUCUUCUCCAACCACAUUAGCAACUGAGGUGGGGGGGCAUAGUUUCCACGGCGACGUCUUCUGUUGGGGGUGUCUGUCUCUUCCCCGGAAUUCACUCCACCCUCUUUCCCCCCACUUCCACUCUCCACUUCCUUCUCCCCCUCGUCAAAGUGAGACCCGACAGAGAAGUAGAGAGAGGAAGUGUCGCUCUCUGCUCCGAGGCUCAUCUGUCUCCCUCGUAGGUCAUCCUUUGCCAGAGACUGCUGCCUCAGUCGCAGCCCCGCCCCCAGCAGGCCUGCUGACACGUCUGCCUCCAGUCCCCACUGCACUUCCUGUCCAGACGAUAUCCCAUAUUUAAAGGACACAAUAGAAAAAAGGAUAUCGCAAACAUUCACUACAUCUUUAACCUCUGAAGAGAGGACAACCUCCUUAUGAAGGACAAAAUUCCUGGUCCCAAUCUGUCCAUUAUUUGGAGUUUCCACUGUAGUAAGGGGCCACUUCCUUUACCAAUGAGGGAAUUUAACAGGGGACUUCAAUUCCCUUGUCCUAUAGAAUUCCCCAUUUCAAAGGUUCUCGACUAACAGUAGCAAUGUCAGCCAGAAGAGAAGAGCAUAUUUAUUAUACCUGAGUUGGGGUGUGGUCAAUGGACACAAUGGGGGAAGAGAGACGAGGGGUAAGUCUGGAAGACUGCCGAGACGGAGGUCGCGGAGAGAGGAGCUCACUUGCCGUUUCCUCGGCAACAGUCUCCAGACUAGCUGGUUGCCAUGGUAGUUGAGGUCCGGAGGGGAGGUAGAGAGCCAGGGUGUGAGGAGGGAGA